UGAAGUUUAGACAAUUGGUUGGACAAGAAAGUAUUGUGAAGGUGGGGUUUAGGUCAUUUUUGAUGGCCAAUUAUAUUUCUGUAAUUAUAUUAUUUAUAAUUAAUUUGCAAUCAUGCAGUUUGGUAUUGGAACUUUUACUAAAGUACAGGGCCUGCAUACUUAUAUUACCUGUAGACUACACAUGGGUACACAGAUACACAAGUUUUGCACCUUAUUUGGCAAUAUUGUGCCCACUCUUUCAUUUCAUACAAACCAUUAACUUUAUUGAAAUAGAGAUAUGUAUUCUACCAUGCGUCAUUAUUGACAACACAUCUCUUAUCUGUAGAACACAAAUAAAUGCACAACAAAGCAUCAUUUUAAGCAUAACAGUAUGUGCAACCAGUCACAGAAAAUAGCUUCCGUGGUUCACGGUCUUUAUUUUUAAUCGGCAUUUGCUCCAGAGACCUGGAAUUCCAGAGACACACCCUGACAGCUGAGGUCACUGCCCUGCGAGUGUGACUGGACAGAUGGAUCCGAGCAUGGUGGAUAAACGAGCUCUCUCUCACACACACACACACACACACACACACAAAGCGUUGUUGAGAAAACGACAGGAGGAUUAUAUCUGAGCAAAAGAGGCGAACUAUAGGUCAUCAUCUUGCUGCCCCUCCACCAGUAACACCAUUACCCUGCACAAAACCCCAAUUUGAAUGACAUCAUAGCCUGUUAUUAGAGACAGCAGCCUGUCAUGUGUCUGACCACAGUGGCUGCGCAGAAAGCGGGCAGUCGAGAAGAAAGGCAGGCUGGAUGAUCUGAUUCUGAUUCAUCGCAGUUGACUGAAUUUCUGCAAUCUGUGAUCGGCAUGAUCACUGAUGUGGAGGGAGGUGCAUUGGGGGGUUGAUAUUCACAUACUGUAGAUAAAUUGCCUUUUAGCUUCAGGAGGCAGAAAUAUUGGCAUUUCAUCAUGCACUUGCAUGACUGUGUGAGUCAUUAUUUUAUCUUCACUUUUAAAAAGGGGACUCUGACAUUUAUUUGGCACAAGACAAUGAGCACAAGAUGGGCCAUUGAGGGAGAACUAUAUUUAAAAAAAAAAUUAAUAAAAAAUAGCCUGCAAUCAUAAAAGCAUCGCCCCAUUAUCAAUACAUAAAAUAUUUACAUAGAGCAAUGGGCCCCGUUUAGCAAAGUGAUAAUGGAAGUGUACAUCCAAAACAAAUUGAUGAUUACAUCAGGACUCCCCCCCGCCGCACGAGCCCCACGGGACAAGGUGGCCCUGUGUCUAUCGACCAAUCGGCUCGUCGGAGAGGAAAAGAUACGAGAGCGCAGACGGAACACACGACGGUCGGCGGUGCGCGCAUCGUGCGCUCAGGGUUGCGCAGAGAUAGAGGAGACGUAGCUGCGACACUGUACAGCGAGGCGAAGACGCGGCCACGACCGAGAGGAUGCAGUGAGGUAGCCUCGAUCACUUUCCCCUCAGAUAGUAUACAGACACUCUAUCACAUACAAUUUAAAAAAAAAAAAAAUAUAUAUAUAUAUAUAUAUAGCGUCGAAAUGAGUGUGAUCCCGGCUGGGCACGAAGGCAGGAUGGACGGUGGCGGCGGCGGAGGCUCCCCGAGGCUCCAGCAGUGCGCGCAGCCUCCCAGCAGCAGCAGCAGCAGCGGCAGCGGCAGCAGUCGGACCAAGGAUGCCAGACACCAGCAGCAGCAGCAGCAGCAGCAGCUGCAGAGGCAUCACGGCGGCUCCAUGUGGAAGCAGCCGUCUCACAGCGAGCCGGCCGACGUCGUGCGUCGUGCGCUGGACUUCAAGUGCCAGGGCACCCAGUGCUACAAGGACAAGAAGUACCGCGAGGCGAUCGGCAAGUACCACCGCGCUCUGCUGGAGAUCAAGGGGCUGUGCAGGGUGCUGGGGGACCCGGACGCCGGCACCAAGUCCCCGGCCUGCCUGCUGCCGACCCUCAGCAAGUCCACCACGCUCACGGAUGAGCAGAAGGGCGCCAUGGAGAACGCCGAGCUGGAGUGUUACAACAGCCUGGCCGCCUGUCUUUUGCAAAUGGAGCUGGUGAACUACGAACGAGUGAAGGAAUACUGUUUGAAAGUGCUGCACAAGGAAGGGAAGAACUUCAAGGCCCUUUACCGAUCCGGAGUGGCCUAUUACCACCUCGGAGACUUCCAGAAGGCCCUGUACUACCUGAAGGAGUCACACAAACAGGAGCCAUCAGACACCAAUGUCAUCCGCUACAUCCAGCUGACAGAGAUGAAGAUUCGCCGAACUGUCCAAAGGGAAAAGAAAGAGGCGACAUAAGCGCCCGCCGUUCCGAUGGCUUCGCGCCCGUCAAGAAUUUCAGCCCUACUGUGUGCCGCCCAGACCUUGCAACACCACGAGUCAGAGGUCUCGGUGUGAAAACGAUGUUAUGUUUGCUUUUGCUUUGCACACCAUCCGGUUGCCGGUUAUGUGAUUGAACUUCACCGUUGUGUGCUUGAAGCAUUCUUUAAAAAACCCCAAAAAACUGUACAAGAUAUUGAGUUUCUGUCUCCAUACCGCCAAACUGAUCUAGAAUCAAUUCAUCCAGAGUAUGUUUUAACUAUUACAAACUCAUGCACUGCCAGUCCAAACAUUGCACAUACAGGCCAACACUUGUGAUAGAGACAGGAGCAACAAGAUCCGCAGGGUGAAUCCAGCAUGUCUGCAGGCGAGUGUAACUGUAAAUUAGCACCUGCCCUCGCACAAGAUGGCGCAGAGUAAGUGAGUAACAAACCACUUCCACCUCUGUCACCAUACUUUGAUUUUUUUUUUGUAAGUAUUAUAAGUAUUAUAAGAUCAAGAUUUUUUUUUUUUUACUUUAAAUUAUUACUAAAUAAAAGGUGCUUUCAAUAAGUAGGUUUCUAACAAAGUGAAAGACAUCAGGAGCACAUGGUUGCUACUUGCAGUAUGAACUUAAAGAGACAUAUCACAAAAUGUAAAUAGGCUUCUUGAUAGAAAUCACUAGAAAAUAUUGUGGAGAGGCAAAGCUACUUGUGUUAAUUAAUGCCAAAAAGAAGCACUUCAUUCACAGCAUUUACUGUAUCAAAAAAAUACUCUAUGUUUACUGUAAAGGUAUGUGUGUAAUAAAUGUAUUCUGUCUA